AUGCGUCUUGCAUUCACGAAGGCCAUUUGCCUACUGUCAAUUGCUGGAUCAUUCUUUGCAAGCACAGUUCUGGCAAGGUACGAUGACGCUAAAUGCUGUUUCUCUGCCAAAUCCUCGAAUGCCUUCUCGCCAAUUCCAACAAAUGGUAUCAUCUGCGGUCAAGAGUACAACGCGUCAAUUCCAGCUGCUCCGAAACUCUUUGUUCCAUAUCCCUACUGCGCUGAACAUUGCGGUGGUCCUGGGGUCUCCCAGUGGAACAAGCCAAGCGCAUGGGCGGCACCCAUCGUACAAUUUAUCCUGCCCGCUGUUAUCUUUAGCAUGAGUAUUCCCCGGCGCAAGAUGCUCACGCUUCCUGUCCGGGGGAAUUCGGAUGCACCGACGGCAGGAUCUCCGAGCGUUAUCAAGGGCAAAACAGCAUGGCUGACGGAUAUCUUGCGCAAGUUGACGCCCGUACUUCGCCUCUGCGCCAUCAUGCUCGAUAGCGUCGGUUGGAUUGCACUUAUACUUAUUUUUGCUGGACCAAUGAUGCUGAGCGGCCUUUACGAAGCUGUGCUGGACUGGAAGAUCUUGUCUGCACUGAAGAGCGAGACCGGGAAGAAGCUCAAGGAAGAGGCUGUGAUCGAACUAUUGGCUACCGUGGUAGCGGGCAAUCUCCAGCAUCGGACCAACGAAGUCCGACCACAAGUGGAGAUCAAGGAUGCGCUGCUCAACAAUGCAAACAUGGAAGCCCAGAGAACACGCCUGCUGGGUUUGGUCGAUUCUCAAAUGGGGUAUGGUGCCAUCAUUGGGGCUCCAGUUAUGUUCUACCUUGGAGCUUUUGUCUACACGAUCCUGGAUCUGAUGAACAAACCUAGUGAUCAGGAUGCUGCCAUAUCCCUCGCGUUUGGAGUGGAAUGGAUGAUCCUCGUUCACGUCGCCAUCAUAGGGUCAUGUCUUUUGGCCACGAACAACCCAAGUACGGCCUCCGUUCUGGUGGGCCGUCAGCCUUCUCCAUCUUCCCACAGUAUCACAAGAUCAACAACACAACAAAAUAUUGCCGGCCGCCUGCAGCCGGGAUUGUGGCAAAGAGCACUCAAAGGAGAUCUUGCCAUCUUGGCUGAUAUUUAUAAAACCCGGUAUCAACCAGUCACCAUGUGGAGCAGAGGACGAAACAAAAGACAGUGGGUCCAAGACUCUCACGCGUUUCUUAGCCAUCAGAUCCCUAGCAACGCCUUGAAUAUAGGGUGGAGAGCACACAUCGUUAUAUUCCUGGCAACAUGUGUCCUGAUUAACCUACCACCGGUUGCUGGGGCUGUGGUGGCCUGGAGGACGCCGCCAAUAGGCUGGGGUUGUAGAUCACUCAGUUUUGUCUGCUAUGCUGGUGUGGAGCUGCUCAUUACAGCUCUUUUCCUGUUGAUGCAUGGCAUCAAACCGUCUGAGGAACUUGGGAAGCGAGCAGAUUCCUGCAAGACGCCCGCCGGAGCGCUUGCCUGGCUGUGGUAUCACUGCCGCCUGCCGUCGUGCAUUACUGUUUAUAUCCUGUACGCCCUCUCCUGGCUUGGCUGUUUGUUCGUCGUUCUAGGCAGCACGUUGAUGCAGGUGAUCGGGGUGUAUCGCAACUGUUUUUGCUACGUCAACGCUCCUGAAUGGUACCACCGUGAUUCGGCUAUUGUUCAAGUCGCCACAGACACACAAGAGCAGCGCGAGUCCAGUCAUAAUUGGAUAAUCUUUGGUGGCACGGCUACGGCAUUCAUGGGCAUUUGCUGCUUCGCCGGCUGGUGGUAUCAGAUGGUCAUCCGGGAACGGUACAGAGAUGUCGUCAACAGUCGUUUUGGCCACUGA